UGCACGCCCACCCCCGAGUGAGUGGGCAGGGCAGCUGGGCAGGUGGGCUGUUCCGACAACCUAGCCGUGCCGAUCUACUCUCGUCCAUUCUACACACUACUCCGUACCACGCUUCUCCUUGUCCAUCUUCCUCUUCCCUGUCUCCUCAAAUUUUGACCCUUUCUACUGUAUUCUCUCGGCGUUUUUGUCUCCUUCUUGCACAGAGCCCAGCCUGCUGCCCCAUCUCAGAUCUGUGACCCCUCUAGAUUAACUCCAACUCAACAUCAGCUCUGCCAGACGCGGAUCGCGGAUCGCGGAGCCGCGGAACCCCGUGCCAUAGGAUACUUUACGAGCGCGCUUUCCCGACUCGACAUCCUAUCUGGAUUUUUGAUUGACGACUGGGAAAAGAACGGCACCCGGCGGUACCAGGUACUCAACCGGGUCAUGCUUGCGAUCCUUAGAACAUUGCGAUAAUGCUUUCACGGCCGAGGCGCAUGCUCCCACCGCGGUGACGUCCCUCUUGCCCUCUGGGCGACCGAGCAGCCUUCUCUAUCCGGGGGACAUUGAAAACGAGGCGAGGGAGACUGGUUGAAAGUUGGGGUAGGGACGGCAGGACGACGACGAACUCAGCUGGGACUGUCUCGACAGCGAGCCUUACGCGGCACGCAAUCCACACUGCCACCAUCCGAGGUGUGACAGACCCCGAACCCGACCGACCGCGCCGCCGAGGAAGCAAGCCAUGGCCGGGAACGGGAACCAAGCAGAACGCGAUAUCGAGCUAAACAUCCUGAACUUCAAGGAGGACUACAGCCUCGCCAACGGCGAGUCGUACCUGACCCGGGAGCCCACAUACGAGAUGCCCCGCCGGCUGUCGAGGGCCGGCCCGGACAGGUGGCGCCGAUGGGUAGACUCGUUCCGCCGGGAUCCUCAUAGCAGGAUGACCCCCAAGCACGCAUUUACCGCCAACACGGCCUGGCCGGGCAUCGGACACGGUCCCGCUGUCUCUGGGCCAGACGAUGACGACGACGAUGACGAUGGGCACCACGCCGGCCGCAACUACUAUGACGUUCGCGCGGCUAAUUACCGCACCGCGCACUCGCUGCUCGCGAGGGAGCUCAAGGGGAGGCACCUGCAGAUGAUUGCAAUUGGUGGUUCCAUUGGAACUGGACUGUUCAUAUCCUCGGGGUCUGCUCUAAAUACUGGCGGGCCUGCAUCAGUCCUGCUCGCCUAUAUGAUUGUCGGUUUGAUGCUUUACUGCGUUAUGCAGGCUCUCGGCGAGCUUGCGGUAGUCUUCCCCAUCGCCGGGUCAUUUUCUGCCUACUCAACCAGAUUCCUCGACCCAGCAUGGGGUUUCGCCAUGGGAUGGAACUAUGCCCUUCAAUGGUUAAUAGUGUUGCCAUUGGAAAUAAUAGCGGCAUCCAUCACGAUAUCAUAUUGGAAUGCCGGCAUUAACAAGGCCGUAUUCGUCACAGUCUUCCUUGCCGUCAUCGUAGCCAUCAACUUGUGUGGCGUCAAAGGCUACGGUGAAGCCGAGUUCGUCUUCGCCAUUAUCAAAGUGUCGGCCGUAAUAGGCUUCAUAUUGCUUGGGAUUGUCAUCAACAUUGGGGGCACACAGGACAGUGGUUACAUAGGUGGUACCUACUGGCAGCAUCCUGGCUCCUUCAACAACGGCUUCAAAGGUCUCUGCAGCGUCUUCGUGACCGCGGCCUUUGCCUUCGCCGGCACUGAAAUGGUCGGCCUCGCAGCAGCCGAGACGGCCAACCCGCGCAAGUCCCUGCCCACGGCCAUCAAGCAGGUAUUUUGGCGCAUCAGCCUCUUCUAUAUUCUGGCCCUCACACUCGUCGGGUUGCUGGUCCCCUACGACGACGAAAGACUCCUGGGCGCCAAAUCGGUGGCCGAUACGAGUGCUAGUCCCUUUGUGAUCGCCAUCCAGGACGCGGGAAUCCAGGUUCUCCCUAGCAUUAUGAACGUUGUCAUCCUCGUCGCCGUGAUGAGCGUCGGCAACUCCUCGGUCUUUGGGUCGAGCCGCACGUUGGCCGCGCUCGCCGACCAGGGCCAGGCGCCGGCGUGGCUGUCGUACAUCGACCGGCGCGGGCGGCCACUGAUGGCCAUCUUGUGCGCGUCCCUGUUCGGCUUCCUCGCAUACCUGGCGGACAUCCCGGAGCAGGGCGAGGUGCUGGACUGGCUGCUCGCCAUCUCGGCGCUGUCGUCCAUCUUCACGUGGGCGUCCAUCUGCCUGGCGCACAUCCGCUUCCGCAUGGCAUGGAGCGCCCACGGCCGCUCGCUCGACGAGCUCGCCUUCCGCGCCCAGGCGGGCAUCGGCGGCUCCUGGCUAGGUCUCAUCCUCAACAUCCUCAUCCUCGCCGCACAGUUCUGGACCGGCGCCUGGCCCGUUAACUACGGCGAGUACAGCGUCAAGGCCAACGUGCAGACAUUCUUCCUCAACUACACCGCCGCCCCCGUCGUCAUAAUAAUGUACGUCGGCUACAAGCUAUGGUUCCGCACGCGCAUCGUGCGCAACAGCGAGAUGGACAUCGACACCGGCCGGCGCGACUUCAACCUCUCGGUACUCCUGGCGCAGGAGAUGGAGGAGAAGCGGAGCUGGCCCAAGUGGAAGAAAUGGUAUAAAUUCUUCUGCUGACCUGGGAGGCAGCGGUCCCCGGAGGCUUAGUCUAUACAAGAUAAUUUACUCGUGAUACCACUACUACUGUGUAAACAGUUUCCUGUUAGCCUUCGAGCGCACACUGGCGCUCUAGAUUCCACCUAUCGCAUGGGCAUGUUUUGCUGGGCUGUGGCUGUGGCUGUGGCUGUGGCUGUGGCUGUGGCUGACUUAUUCUGAUAUCCCGGUGGAUCGGCACCCACGGACGGGCACAGGAUCAUGGGAAUACUAUCGCAAACAUGGGGCGUUCAUAAGGACAGGGCUUAGAUCAGAGGACCAUCAUCCGAAUCGGGAAACAGUGCACGGUCAGGGGUGAUUGCGGAUCUGAUCAACUCAUGGGAUGGGUGCAUUUAUGAUGUCUGCGCUCAGCAGCCGCGGGGGCCUAUGUUUAGAUAUUGAAUACCCAGCGUGUUUCAAACG